UUAUUUUUUAUUUUUUUUAAAACUAAUUACAAUAGUAAGCAAAAGACAACCACAUAUGCUUAAUGGGAGCAUACAAACGAACCCCCUGAGCUUAAAAGGUUAUUUCAAAUGUCUAACGAUCUAGUGCCCGAAACUGAACCUCUCAAUAUCUUACUUUCUACACAUAAGGUACUACUUGAUAUUUGGCUUGCGACUGUUUAUACUUAAAAGUCCCGACUUUGCAAUCAGACUUCAAGUUCCUGUAAGAGACCUGGUUCUUUUCUUCAUUCCCAGCCUCAGAGGUUUUCAAUAAUUCCAUGUUCAAACUCACCUUUGCAUGGAGUUCCUUUCCUUUCCUUUCUUUCUAAGGAUACCAUUUAUUCCUUAGCUUUCCUUUCUUUAUUCUUUGCACGCAAGGAUUAUCCCUUGCUCCUUUCGCUUCAUCUGCCGAGCAUUUUAUUUGUCCCCAGUGGCUCUUUCCUCUCUCUCUCUCUCUCUCUCUCUCUCUCUCUCUCUCUCUUUGUAUUACAUCUUGAAUUCUAACAUGGUAGCCUAAUCAACACUAACCUCUUCCUCUCUCUAAGCCGUAGCCGCUGCACCACCUCCCAAUCGCAGCCGCAAUCUACUUCUCCUCCGUUUUGCAGCCCUACAAAUCAAAUCCCUCUUCCCCUCCCUGCUGUUGAGCCUCGUUCCUCAUCUCCAAAGCCCAAACCGAAUCCUAGCCUCCACAGUACACACUCGACAGACGCACGAGCGACGGCAAUCGUUCGCAUUCAAUAGUCACGGUCAGAAAUUUAUAGGAUCCUCCGGGAAGAACUUCAGCUCUGACGCCCUCUUCGCUGUCCCGAACCUGACCACGGGCGCUCUGGUCAUCCCAUCUCUCAUGAGCAAGCUUGUGGCCCCACCCGACGCGUAGAUUGCCUUGUACCCCCUGUUCGUGCUCGCCACCAAACACCCCUCCGUCGUCACCGUAGGCACCGAGUACUCGAACCCGUCGAGCAGCAAGGGCCCCGCGGUCAAGGAGAAUGAGGUGUAUAUCUUGCCGGGAGGAGUACGGCUGGCGCGAUGCUGGCACCUGCAAGGAGUGUUAUGAGAAGGCCAGCGAGACGAAGGAGGAGCUCAAGCGCGAGAUCGAAGACCUCAAGGCCAAAGUCGCCUUUCUCAGGUGCUUGUCUCCUCUCGAUCAUUCCAGAUCUUCCCCGUCCUUCCCCGACGUCAUUUUGGUUGCCUCGGAUCACGAUUCCCCCCAACACUCCCCUCCCAUCCCCGCUCACAAAUCUGUUUUGGUAAGCCGCUCCCCAGUUUUCAAAGCAAUGCUUGAAAAUGAAAUGGAGGAAAGCUUGAGUGGUAGAAUCAAGAUUAGCGAUGUUUCAUAUGAUGUCCUUCGAAUGUUUGUCAAUUACUUGUACACAGCUGAGGCCUGCCUUGAUGAGCAAAUGGCCCGUGAUCUCAUUGUACUGGCAGAAAAAUAUCAAGUGAAGCACCUCAAAGCCUGUUGUGAGAAUUUCAUGGUAUCGAAAUUGAACUGGGAUAAUUCAGUAAUGAGCUUUGUAUUUGCACACCAGCACAAUGCCAAGCACCUGCUUGAUGCUGCUUUGUCACUGAUUAUGGAAAACAUGGAGAAGCUAACCAAGCGGGAAGUGUAUACGGAGCUUGUGGAAAGGGAUCCUCGGCUUCUUGUUGAAAUCUAUGAAGCCUAUCUCUCCAAACAAGUUAAUACUAUGUUAGGACGCUGUGAGCAUCCAGAAGAAAAUGACACCAAGAAAUUUACAGGGUUCGAUCAGGAAUUACUUACAUCAAUUGUUAGGACCCUAUGAGCAUCCAAAAGAAAAUGACAUCAAGAAAUUUACGGGGUUCGAUCAAGAAUUACCUACAUCUACGGAGCGCACAUCAAUUGUUCAAUAACUCGUCGAAAAAAUGUUACAAUUCUUUCUCUCUCUCUCUCUCUCUCUCUCUUUCUCUCCCUCCCUUCUUCCCCACAGCUCUCUCUUCACUCUCUGUGCUCUCUCUGCACUGCUGUGCUAUGCUAUGCUAUAUCACUUUCCACAGCCUCUUUAUAUAGGCUUGGAUUUUACAUUACAAUUAGAUGUGAAUCAAUAUAAAUUGGAAGUUUAAAACUGAGAUUAAUGGAGAAUAAAUUCCAUACAUUUUCUAACUCAA